GGUCCUAGUGGAGAAUGUUGGACAGUGGGUUUGGAACUGAGAGGGGAUUGAUUUGUCUUCCAUAAGGGUUGGCAGGGUUUUGUGAAGGAUCAUUCUUUGGAAAUUGCAAAUUUUUUGGUUUUUGAUUAUGGUGGCAAAUCCAAGUUUGAUGUCACAAUGUAUGAUCCAAUUGGCACUGAGAAGGAGUUAGAACCAGCCGAGAAGAGAAGGGGAAAUCGAGCUCAAUUGGAGGAGGAGAUCAUUGAGCUUGAAACUGAAGAACCCGACGAAGAGAGUGAAGAAGAUGCUCGUAUAUCAAACAUAAGAAAGUGCAAGUCUGGAAAGAGGAUUGCAACUGAUGGUGGGAAAGAAAAAUCAAAUGCACAUGUUGCGUUCAGAUCGAAGCAUCCAUGCUUCAUUGGAACUAUGACGAAGAACCACUAUCGCCUAAAUAUCCCAAAGGCGCUGGCUGUAGCUAAAGGUCUCAUUAGAAAGAAGAGUGUAGAGGUUGAAGAUCCAAAUGGGAUAUCAUGGGAUGUUAAAGUAAGGCUCCAUGGAAAGGAACAUCGCGGUGGUCGUUUGUUCAUGACAAAAGGGUUGUCAAAAUGUUUUCAUGCAAACAACAUUUCACUUGGGGACACACUGGUUUUUGAGCUUUUCAACACGAAGAGCGGUGGAAUGAAAAUAUAUAUUUUCAGAGGAAACAGUAAUGUUUUACUGGAUGCCUCCAAUGUCGAAUAUUAAGGCUGUAGUUGGCAUCAGAGCCUAAUUGCAAUGAUCAGUAAAUUUCAGGACUUAUUGUGGGAAGCCACUUAGGAAUUGUUCAGAUUUAUGUAUGGUAGUUGUUGGAGAGAAACAAUAUCUGACUGAUAUGGGUGGUUUUAGAUGUAAGAUUUAGAUGUGUGAAAUGUGAUUGAUU